UGCACAUGCAUCUCAAACAGAAGUAUAAACACGGCCAUUUUUGUGCGAGGAAGAAGACGAAGCAAGGAAAUACGUGCAUUCCGUCAGCAGGUACAGAAGCAGCACGAUGAUAUCUAUCCAGGACUGCCGCAUAUUGUCCAUACAAAGCCACGUCGUGUCCGGCUACGUGGGCAACAAGUGUGUCACUUUUCCUCUGCAGAUCCUUGGAUUCGACGUGGACACCAUCGACACGGUACAGUUCUGCAACCACACGGGCUACCCCGUAUGGAAGGGCGUCGUAUCGGACACGGAAGACAUGGAGCUGCUCUUAGAGAAACUCGACUUUUCGGCCUACACGCACGUCAUGACCGGGUACGGCUCUUCAUACAGCCUGCUAGAGCGUGUUCGCGACUUAAUCGCAGAAAUGAAACGCACCAACCCCGAGAUUGUGUACGUCUGUGACCCGGUCAUGGGCGACAACGGUUUCCUGUAUGUUCCGGCGGAGAUCGUCCCACUCUACAAGAAGGACCUCCUUAAAAUGGCCGACAUCGUGACGCCCAACCAGUUCGAAGCGGAGCUCCUCACCGGUAUACAGAUUAAGGACGAAAGCAGUGCUCUGGACGCGAUGGAAGCAUUGCAUGUCAUUGGGGCUACAUCGGUGGUCAUUACGUCUUCUACGGUGGAUGGAAACUCGGGCACUCUGGUCGUCUUCGCUAGCAAGCGCACGGGCGAUCGCAUGACCUCCCUGCGCGUUGACGUUCCUCGGAUCGACGCGCAUUUCUGCGGUACGGGGGACCUCUUCUCGGCGGUGCUCGUCGGCUGGAUGACAAAGUCCAAUAAUAAUCUCAGAGUGUCCGUGGAGAAAGCUGUGUCCACGAUACAGGCUGUGCUGAAGAAGACGUACAGACAUGCUCAUAACAUGCACUGCGAGCCGGAACUAAAGUAUAGCAGCUAUGAACUUGAACUUCGCCUGGUGCAGAGCAAAGACGAAAUCGAAGAACCACCCCAGAGUUUCAAAGCGGUAGCUCUCACGUAGGUUUCCCAAAAUUCUUUUGUCAUGUUACGAAAACUGCAGCGCAAAUAAAGCUACUAAUUGCA